AUGGGAAGAGCCCCGUGUUGUGCUAAAGUGGGUUUGUAUAGAGGUCCAUGGAGUGUCCAAGAAGAUGCUUUGCUCGUUAACUAUAUUCGAGUUCAUGGUGAAGGCCACUGGAGAAAUCUGCCUAAAAAUGCUGGGCUACUUAGAUGUGGGAAGAGUUGCAGGCUGAGAUGGAUGAACUAUCUGCGACCUGAUAUUAAAAGAGGAAACAUUUCACCAGAUGAGGAGGAACUUAUCAUCAAGCUUCAUUCUCUUCUUGGAAAUCGUUGGUCUCUCAUUGCUAAAAGGCUUCCAGGUCGAACCGACAAUGAGAUUAAAAACUACUGGAAUUCUCAUCUGAGCAAAAGAGUGGAAAAAGGUGAAGAAAGUAAACCAAAAACAUCAAAAGCGGUGAAGAAAAGGAGCCAGUCCACAACUGAAAAGAAACUCAAGAAGAAGAACGAGGAGAAAACGACUGCAAACGAAGAGACAAUUACAAAGACCAAAGUGUAUCUACCCAAGGCUGUUAAGGUUUCUCCAUACUUCCAUGCAAUCAGUAACAUGGGUUUUGAGAACGUGGCAAGUGGAUCAUCGUCAUUAUCUAGCCUUGGAGAAGAUAAUAUUAUUAAAGCAGAUGAUCCAGAAGUUGCGUUGAAUGAUUCUCCAGCUCCAUGCUGGCCUCCUCUUAUAGAAGAAGAAGAAGAAGCUAACAACGCUCACAUGAACGAAGAAUGCUACAGUUUGACUGAUAAUAAUGCAUGCGAUAAUUCAUUUCUAAACUUUCUUGAUGGAUUUCUUGAAGAGUAUGAUCAGGAUGAUCUGCUUCUCAAUUAA